AGCUGAUGCUCUGACUCCAGGCUAGAGGGGCCCGGGAAGCUGGGGUCACUUCCUGCUCCGUCCCAGUCACCCUGAACUGGUCCCCGGGUCCUCAGCCUGGAAUCACCCCUUGAGAAGGACCCUAGAGUCCUCGGUGCUCAGUCCGUCCCCCAAGGCAGGGCACUGAAGGGGUUAAGUCCCCUGGGGCUGGAUUCCGCCUUCCGGCUUUUCCCAGACCCCAGAGCCGGUCCCUGGAACGCUGCAGUCCUGAGCUCUGGGAUGGAGCCCGAGACUGCGCUGUGGGGCCCGGAUCUGCAGGGUCCGGAACAGAGCCCCAACGAUGCUCACAGAGGUGCCGAGAGUGAAAACGAAGAGGAGAGCCCUCGGCAGGAAAGUUCUGGGGAGGAGAUCAUCAUGGGAGACCCGGCUCAGAGUCCAGAAUCCAAGGACUCCAUAGAGAUGUCCCUGGAGAGACCCUCCCAGGACCCCUCUGUCAUCCAGAACCCCCCAACCCCACUGGCUCACUCCAACCCCUUGGACCACCAGACUCCCCUGGACCCCCCAGCCCCUGAGGUUGUCCCUACCCCAUCUGACUGGACCAAGGCCUGCGAGGCCAGCUGGCAGUGGGGCACUCUCACCACAUGGAACAGCCCCCCGGUCGUCCCCGCCAACGAGCCUAGCCUGCGGGAGCUGGUGCAGGGCCGCCCGGCGGGGGCGGAAAAGCCCUACAUCUGCAACGAGUGCGGCAAGAGCUUCAGCCAGUGGUCCAAGCUGCUGCGGCACCAGCGCAUCCACACGGGAGAGCGGCCCAACACCUGCUCGGAGUGCGGCAAGAGCUUCACGCAGAGCUCGCACCUGGUGCAGCACCAGCGCACGCACACCGGCGAGAAGCCCUACAAGUGCCCCGACUGUGGCAAGUGCUUCAGCUGGAGCUCCAACCUGGUGCAGCACCAGCGCACGCACACGGGAGAGAAGCCCUACAAGUGCACGGAGUGCGAGAAGGCCUUCACCCAGAGCACCAACCUCAUCAAGCACCAGCGAUCCCACACCGGCGAGAAGCCCUACAAAUGCGGCGAGUGCCGCCGGGCUUUCUACCGCAGCUCCGACCUCAUCCAGCACCAAGCCACGCACACGGGCGAGAAACCCUACAAGUGCCCCGAGUGCGGGAAGCGCUUCGGUCAGAACCACAACCUCCUCAAGCACCAGAAGAUCCACGCGGGCGAGAAGCCAUACCGUUGCACCGAGUGCGGGAAGAGCUUCAUCCAGAGCUCGGAGCUGACGCAGCACCAGCGCACGCACACAGGCGAGAAGCCCUACGAGUGCCUGGAGUGCGGCAAAAGCUUCGGCCACAGCUCCACCCUCAUCAAGCACCAGCGGACUCACCUGCGCGAGGACCCAUUCAAGUGCCCGGUGUGCGGCAAGACUUUCACCCUGAGCGCCACCCUGCUGCGGCACCAGCGCACUCACACGGGCGAGCGGCCCUACAAGUGCCCCGAGUGCGGCAAGAGCUUCAGCGUCAGCUCUAACCUCAUCAACCACCAGCGCAUCCACCGCGGCGAGCGGCCCUACAUCUGCGCCGACUGCGGCAAGAGCUUCAUCAUGAGCUCCACCCUCAUCCGCCACCAGCGCAUCCACACCGGGGAGAAGCCCUACAAGUGCUCCGACUGCGGCAAGAGCUUCAUCCGCAGCUCCCACCUUAUCCAGCAUCGCCGCACGCACACCGGCGAGAAGCCCUACAAGUGCCCCGAGUGUGGCAAGAGCUUCAGCCAGAGCUCCAACCUCAUCACCCACGUCCGCACGCACAUGGACGAGAACCUGUUCGUGUGCUCCGACUGCGGGAAGGCCUUCCUGGAAGCCCACGAGCUGGAGCAGCACCGGGUGAUCCAUGAGAGGGGGAAGACCCCAGCGCGGAGGGCCCAGGGCGACGCCCUGCUGGGGCUCGGGGACCCCUCCCUGCUGACCCCGCCUCCGGGAGCCAAGCCGCAUAAGUGUCUAGUGUGCGGAAAGGGCUUCAACGAUGAGGGCAUCUUCAUGCAACAUCAAAGGAUCCAUAUCGGAGAAAACCCCUACAAAAAUGCAGACGGCCUCAUCGCACACCCAGCCCCCAAACCUCCUCAGUUACGAUCCCCGAGGCUCCCUUUCCGAGGGAAUUCCUACCCCGGGGCUGCGGAGGGCAGAGCCGACGCCCCGGGACAGCCCCUUAAGCCGCCAGAGGGUCAGGAGGGCUUCAGCCAGAGGCGGGGACUGCUGUCCUCCAAGACCUACAUCUGCUCCCACUGCGGAGAGAGCUUCCUGGAUCGCUCUGUGCUCCUCCAGCAUCAGCUCACCCACGGCAACGAAAAGCCCUUUCUCUUUCCUGAUUAUAGGAUUGGCCUAGGGGAAGGCGCAGGGCCCAGCCCCUUCCUAAGUGGGAAGCCUUUUAAAUGCCCUGAAUGCAAACAAAGCUUUGGCCUCAGCUCUGAGCUGCUGCUGCACCAGAAAGUCCAUGCAGGCGGGAAGAGCUCCCAGAAGAGUACAGAGCUGGGGAAGAGCUCUUCCGUCCUCCUGGAGCAUCUCAGGAGCCCCCUGGGGGCCAGACCCUACAGCUGCUCAGAUUGCGGGGCCUCCUUCCUCGACCGCGUGGCCCUCACCCGGCACCAAGAAACCCACACCCAGGAAAAGUCCCCCAGUCCCGAGGACCCCCCUCCAGAGGCAGCCACCCUGUCCACAGGCCAGGAAGGUGAGGGGGAAGCCCCUACCCCCACGGGGAGCAGCAGCCAUGGGGAAGGGGAAGAAGGGGAAAGCCCCAAAACCCGAGUGGAAGAAAAGCCCUAUCUGUGCCCCGAGUGUGGAGAUGGCUUCACAGAAGUCGCAGCCCUCCUGCUCCAUAGGAGCUGCCACCCAGGUGUCUCCCUGUGAAAUGGGUCUGGAGACCAGGGGCCUCGCUCUCUCCAGAGAGGAACACUGGAUUUUUUUCCCCCAAAAUAAUUACAUGGGGAAGGGAGGAUAACCCUAUCAGAUGGUAGUGGAGUGGAGGAGAAAGAACCCUGGGAAAAAAAUAGUGCUUUUACAUCAGUGAUGAGAAACCCUAUAAAAUUGUUGGUGGGAAGCACUUAUAAGGCAGUAGAGAAAAACUGUUGGGUUAGAAGCCCUAUAAAUAUGUAGGAAAAAAAAAAGCCCUUUAAGUCUGUAGCAGAAAAACCCUAUAAACCAUAGUGGAUAAGAGCCCUAUUAAUUGUAGGAAGAGGUCCCAAUAUGUCUCUGAACAACUCUAUAAAACUGUAUCAAAAUCCUUAGGAAUAUCCUGUAGGGUCGGGGAAGUGCUGCGAUGGCACUGACCCGGGAGGAGCGACCCUCAGAAGGUGCAGAAAACACCUGUCCCUCGCUGUUCCACAGGGUUCUGUCCCAGCGGCCCUGGACAGUUCCAGAGAGGAAGACGCUCAGCUGGGGGAGUGGUGUGGGAACUGUGUGGAACUGCAAAGGAAGAAAACAGGAGAAAAAUAAGUGACCAGGAGCUCUGGGGCCCCCAGAGGAGAUAAGACAGAGACUAGGAAGAGAAGGUCCCGUUCACUGCACUGGGGUUCCUUGGGGUUUGAGGCCAAUGUUAGAUGAAUUGUGUGUGUUAGGGAAAGAGGCCUGUGGAAUCCCUUAUCAAAAAGAACCCCAAAAUGGGGAAGAAAAAACAAAUUGGCAAGCCUUUUUAAAGGCUGAAGUUUGGGGUGCAGAAACAUGGUCAGUAUAAGAAUACUGAGAAACCACCACAAAAAUUAGGGGGAAGCAGGGGUCAGUUCCUGUUAGAUUACUUUGAGGGGAGCAAACCAAGGUGGGGAAACUGCUCACAUGGAACCCAGCUAACUCCAGGCCCCUUCUUGCUUCCGGGAGCUUGUGAAACUGCAAGUUGCAGGCAGGUCCCAGCUCUCAGGCUGCAAGGGUUCUCCCCACACCAGGCAGGACCACCCUUUCUACCUGCCCAGCCAGGGACUUCUACUCUGCAAGGCCUCCAGGGAUGGCGGUUGCCUCCCACCACAUUCUCAGGUCUCACCGUCAGGAGGUUUUUCCUGAAACCUAACUGCCGCCAGUGGCAGCUCAUUUCCUCGAAUUCUGUCCUCAGUGAAGAGGGAGAACCGCUGCUAGUCAGACCUCCAAAGAAUAAAGCCCUUCAGAGACUUAGGGCCUGCAUGUGGGCCUCCCUAGCCUUCUCCAAGUCAGCAGGGCCACAGAAUUUCUUAGAAAGCUUUGAUUAGCCAGCAACUUGAUUUUAAACUUCAGCCAUUCAUCUUUGUUGGUAGCAAGGCUGCCUCGCAGGAUAAGGCAGCCGCCCUGGUGGGGAUCCAGGCAUCCCACGGACCGAGCCACAGGUCCCUGAAGAGUCCGCAGAGGCCGUACCACCUUCCUCACCCUGGUACCUGGAGCCCUCCAGGGUUGUGAUGAUCCAGCCCAAUCUCAGCCUUGGGAUGGAUGGGAGGGAUUCCACCCAUUUGGCUUCUCUCCUUAGCCAGAAACCUUCAGAGGGAAACAAGGAUGAGAAAGGCUCCCUUGCCAGGCCCAUCUCACCUCCCACACCACACAGUUACAUGUUCAUAAACUCAGCCAAGCCUGCUCACAGGCCUGGGCGUAUGUGGCUGGGGAGAGACUGCUGCCCUGUGAGAUGGUGGAAGAGAGAAAAUUCUUGAAUGAAACAUCUGUAACAAGAAUCCCAUUCCCUAAUCCUGGAGACCCCUUCAAAAGGAGAGGACUCUGCUCAGCGCUGGGUCGGAAAGGAAGUGCAGGCCAACCCCAGUAGUGCGCUGUCCUGGAGUAAGAGGACUGAGAUGCCAGCUUGGGGCCUGUCAGGAGUCGUGUCUCAGACAGGGGUGAUCGGGAUUUUUGCAAAGCUGUGGAAGAGACCUCUAAUUCCAUGACCUAAAGGUUCACACAACCUUUAUGCAAAUCCUUCCUCCUUCAUCUAUCCUGGCCCCAGCGGAAUGACCCUAACAUUUAAAAGGAUCGAAAUCUCAAACAUUGCGGGAGGAAAACGCCAGGCCUGCUGGGGAGAGGGAGAAGGCAGGCCUCAGGAUUGUGCAGAGAACCUUGUUGCCAUCUGCGUAAUGCCCUAGCCUACCCAAGUGCCAGGAAGGGAAGCACUACUGAGGGAGGGGCUGCCUGUGGGUCUCCCUAACAGAAUGCCGAUGAAGGGGUGUCCCUGUAAGACUGAGAAGUCCGCCAAGUCUAAGCAGAUUUCCCUGCCCCCCAAGAUGGUAGCAGAAACUGAAGUUGUAGAGACAAACCCCUCACAAAGCCAGAAGCAGAUGCCCUCAGAAAUGGGCCUAAGGAAUCUCCCCAGAAGAGAACUGAGGAGCAGCUUUUGGGGCUCAGAGGCCAGUCCGAGGGGAGGCAGGUGGUGUGGCCGAAGGCCGGCGCAGGCCUGUUUCGGACUAGGGUGUAGCAUAUGUAGUAGGAUGCUCGCAUGUUGUAGGGAUGGGUGAGGGCUAAGGGGCUUGGCUCUGGUACGGGAUGGAUGAUGUGAGCAGUUUGUGGGGUCAGACAUUUUGCAGUAGGAAAGGGGCAGGGUCGGAGACCUUGGGGUGUGGCCUGUUCUUUCUUGCCUACCUCCCCAAGCUCCUUUAACCAGGGGCUUCCCUCCCAGAGUGAGCUACGUCUCGGGAGGAUCGAAGCAGGGAGGUGGCAGUGGCUAGAGUUGCUCAGAUCGGCUCAGAUGAAGGCCCAGAGGUCAAAGCAUUUGCCCACCAGAACUGAGUCUGGAAGGCACUGUGCAACCAAACCCUCUUGUCCAAUCACAUGCAGACCCCAGGCCCCUCAGAAACGCCCUGGUGGAGGGAGGAGCCCAACAGAUAGGGUCAGGGAGUCAGUGGGGAAAGCAGAGGGGAGAGCUUAGAGUGAAACUUGAAACUGCUGUGGACAUGGAGGUCAGAUGGGAACUUGGAAUUGGGCAUGAAUCCUGAAUGGUGGGGAAACUUGAAGCCAUCACAGCCAAGAGGUGGGGUUCCGUGACCCGCCCUGAGGUCAGCAGCUCCCAGACUCCUUUGCCCCCACUAGGGAAGCCCCAGUCACCUGACUUGUCCCCUUGGAGUGAAGAGAGGCCCCACUUUUGAGUGUUGUGUGUCCAAAACAGUGUUGUGUCACCGGUGGUCAUGUUGCUUAGUUGAAGAGAAUAAAGGGAAUAAGAUUUCCUG